AUGUCCUUGUGUUACAUUGAUAAUGGGGUAUCCCCAGACAUAGCACUCAUAGAAACAAAGCUCAUGGGGAUGAUAACUGAUGCAGUCUCUGCAACCAGAUAUCAGAUCCUCAGGAAAGAUAUAGGGAGCAUCAAAAAAGGGGAAUUCUGGGGACUUAAGAGGAAUGCACAUAUGGUAAGCAAGGGGCUACAUAUUGUUGUUACUGGUUUGCACAUCACAAAGGUAACGGUGCCGACACCGGUAGCGGUGGGUGAUGGCGGAUGGCUUGAGUGUGAGUUUGUGGACGAGGGUGACAGCAUCUACGCCCUGAAGUGGUACUUGGGCUUGGACGAGAUCUACCGCUGGACACCAGCAGAGAGCCCACCCAUAAAGACCUUCCCAGUGAAGGGUGAACCCCUGACCGUGGACACAAAGACCUCAAACAGAGGAAGAGUUAGAAUCCAGGACGUAACUCUCGGGGCGUCAGGUGUCUUCCGUUGCGAGGUGUCAGCUGAGGCACCAGACUUCCACACUGAGUCUGAUGUUGCCACUAUGACUGUUGUGGAUCUGCCUGAUGAGGAGCCCCGAAUCAGUGGUGGAGGGUCUGGGCACCAGGUGCAUGACAUAGUGCUGGUGAACUGCUCCUCCCCCGGGUCACAGCCUCCAGCAUCCCUCACAUUCUACGUCAACCAGGAGCUGGCGGACCCCGGCUGGCUGAUUCCCUACGCCCCCCUGGAAGACCCAGAGACGGGUCUAGAGACGGCGAUUCUUGGUCUCCGUUUUCCUCUACAGCCCAGACUACUAAGUAGAGGAAGUGUGUCUGUUAAGUGCACCGCUGCCAUCUCCAACCUCUACUUUAAAAGUACCGAGGCCUCAAUUCCGGCUGACGUUCCUUUCCAAGCCUCCAUUAUGGAGGGCCGAGCUGCAGCUGGGAGAGGAUGUCCAGCUAGUGCAUGCAGUGGCCUCUCUGUAAUAACGUCAAUUAUCCUGCUGAUCCUGACUCACUGAAAGUUAUUAUGCAGAUGCUCACAGUGACAAAAAAUCAUUGAUGCCAAAAUUUACAAGCAGCACAAGACUCUAGCAGUCAUUGACAGAAAAGAUUUAUUUACCUUGUAACUCUGAACUGAAACAUUGUAUAAAUAUAUUGAUACAUUGUAAUAAAACUGGGCCUAAAUAUACAGAAACGUGAGAAAUAUUCUUCUGUAAAUAUAAUUUGAAUGAAAUUCGGGAGAAGUAAAAAAUGCAGACUAAUUACGUGCAACCAUAAGGUCCUAAUAACUUAAGUGCCAUCUUAAGGUCACCAGAAUUAAUGAGUUCCACUCCAAAAUCAACAGACCUUGGCCGCCAGAUCAAGGUUAACAAGGUCUGAGUGGCACUUGAAGGUCAACGUAACUUACACGCAUCCUUAAAGUCAACAUAAUACAAGCAGUACUUGAAAGAGAACCUAACUUAGAAGAUACUUUGAGGAGAAGAGAACUUUAGUGCUGUCUUAAAGGUCAACAGAACUUGAGCUCAAGAACAACUGGGAAUAAUGAUUUAUUCGUUUUUAUAAGAAAAUAUUGAGCAACAUGCAAGACUUACCACAUUUUUAUAUAGCAGAUCAUAUUGGUGAGAAAUUCUUGCUAGUGAGACACUGAGCGAAGUUGCAACCAGUGAGAAGUUUAUGCAAGUGAGAAGGUCUUCCUAGUGAGACAUUAGAGCGAAGUUGCAACAAGUGAGAAGUUUAUGCAAGUGAGAAGGUCUUCCUAGUGAGACAUUAGAGCGAAGUUGCAACAAGUGAGAAAUUUAUGCAAGUGAGAAGGUCUUCCUAGUGAGACAUUAGAGCGAAGUUGCAACAAGUGAGAAGUUCACACAAGUGAGAAGUUCAUUCGGGUGAGUAGUCAUACUAAUGAGAAUUU